AUGGGGGGCGAGAUAACCUCCGCCGCCGGUGGGCCCCUGGUGGCCUGGCCGCCUCUGGCCAGCCCUGGGCGGGGCGGGCUGACGCGCCCCGCCCCAAAACCUGCGGGCCAGCUCGCGGCCGGCCUCAUGCGCGGCAAGACGGUCAUCGUGACGGGGGCCAACAGCGGCCUGGGCCGGGCCACGGCGGCCGAGCUGCUGCGCCGGGGGGCCCGCGUCAUCCUCGCCUGCCGCGACCGCGGGCGCGCCGAGGAGGCCGCUGCUGCGCUCCGCCGGGAAGGGCGGGGAGCGGAGCAGGAGCAGCGGGCGGGCAGGGCGCCCGCCAGGGGCUCGUCGUCAGGGCUGGACCUGGCGUCGCUGCGCUCCGUGCGCGCCUUCUGUCAGGAGGUGCUCCAGGAGGAGCCCCGGCUAGAUGUCUUGAUCAAUAAUGCAGGGGUCUUCCAGUGCCCCUAUACAAAGACUGAAGAUGGCUUUGAGAUGCAGUUUGGGGUGAAUCACCUGGGCCACUUCUUGCUCACCAACCUGCUUCUCGACCGCCUUAAAGACUCGGCCCCCAGCCGGAUCGUGGUGGUUUCUUCCAAGCUUUACAAAUACGGGGAAAUCAACUUUGAAGAUUUGAAUAGUGAGGUAAAGUAUAAUAAAAGUUUCUGUUAUAGUCAGAGCAAGCUGGCCAAUAUUCUCUUUGCCAGAGAACUAGCUCGCCGGCUGGAAGGCACGAAUGUUACCGUCAAUGUGCUUCACCCUGGUAUUGUCCGGACCAAUCUGGGGAGGCACAUCAACAUCCCCCUGCUGGCCAAGCCGCUUUUCAACCUGGUGUCGUGGGCUUUUUUCAAAACCCCUGUGGAAGGAGCCCAAACCUCAGUCUACCUGGCCUCCUCAGCAGAAGUGGAGGGGGUGUCGGGAAAGUACUUUGGGGACUGCAAAGAAGAAGAGCUUCUGCCCAAAGCCAUGGAUGACUCCGUGGCAAGAAAGCUCUGGGAUAUCAGUGAAGUGAUGGUGGGCCUGUUAAAGUAGCUCUGGGGAGCGUGUGGAGGAGAGUUGGUGGUUGGUGCAGGCUAGACCAGGCCCUUUCCCAGGGAUGGGCCUCGGGACUGGGGCACU